CGGAACACAGCGAGAACCACGCAGCACGCAGAACCCCUUCAAGGGCUUUUCAGAGGCCGAUCAAUUUCUCGCACCCGCAGUCCUAUUGCAAUCAACUCACACUCGAAGCUCAAGGCGUCUUGCCAAUGUUGGAUAGAUUUGCGCCGAUCCUCAAAGUCCGCCAGAAUCCGAACUUGGUGGAUUUGCCUGCAUCGAGUAACAGAGAAGCAGACUGGGACACGGAAACCGUGUGGCCCGAUGUCUUUGUCAUCCGUUCCCGCCGUCCCCACCGCUUGCGACACGCGGCACGAAAUGAUGAUAAUGAUGAUGAUGGUGAUGACGACAUUGAUGUUGAUGUUGAUGCUGUUGAUGAUGUUCAUCAUGAUGACGAUGUUGGUGAUGAUGAUGGUGGUGAUGUUGUUCUGGACGACGAUGGUGCUGAUGAUGAUGACGAACAUCAUCAACAUCAGCGGCAUCGCCGCCGUCAUAAAAAGCACCACCAUCGUCGCCUUCGUCAUCGUCGUCAUCAUCAACACCAUUAUCAUCAUCGUUAUCAUCGUCGUCAUCAUCUUCGUCAUCAUCAUCAUCAUCAUCAUCAUCAUCAUCAUCAUCAUCAUCAUCAUCGUCGUCGUCAGCAUCUGCGUCAUCAUCAUCAUCAUCAUCAACAUCAUCGUCAUCAUCGUCGUCAUCAACACGGCGAUGACGACGAUGAUGUCGAUGAUGAUGAUGAUGAUGAUGAUGACGAAGAUGAUGACGACGACAAUGAUGAUGAUGAUGAUGAUGAUGAUGACGACGAAGAUGAUGACGACGAUGGUAACUAUGAGGAUUAUGCUGUUGAUGAUGACGACGAUGACGAAGGCGACGAUGGUGGUGAUUUUUAUGACGGCGACGAUGCCGCUGAUGAUGUUGGUGAUGUUGAUGACGUUGACGAUGUUCAUGAUGAUGUUGUUGUUGAAGAUGAUGAUGAUGAUGAUGAUGAUGAUGAUGAUGAUGAUGAUGAUGAUGAUGAUGGUGAUGAUGAUGAUGAUGAUAAUGAUGAGGAUGAUGAUGAUGACAAUGAUGAUGAUGUUGAUGAUGAUGAUAACGAUGAUGAUGGUGGUGAUGAUGAUGGUGGUGAUGAUGGUGGUGAUGAUGAUGGCGAUGAUGAUGAUGAUGACGAUGAUGUUGGUGGUGAUGAUGAUGGUGAUGACGAUGGCGAUGAUGAUGGUGAUGAUGGCAAGCAAGAAUCAUGGGGCCCCUCACGAGGAAAGAACAAGCGGGAAUCAAAGGGGCAUACAGAAACCAUGUGGCCCAAUGUCAGCGACAUCUGUUCCCGCCACAGGAUGUCUUCUUCAAAGGGCGAGGUGGAGGCAACGGGGAACUCCGAGAAGACAUCCGGAAAAGAUUCCACGAGGAGGUCGUCUACUGCCACAAAAGGAUUGUCGAACCAUUCGAAGUCGAAAUGGUUCAUCGACUGGUGCUGUGGAGACGCUUCCAACCCCACUGCGCAGCCAUGUGGUCCUGUCAUCUUCGUCGAUGACGGCAGAAGGGGUCGAGUGCUUGGGGCCGUCUUGGGGUGGGAGGACGCGAAGGGGGGCCGGCAAGAUUUCCGUAUGGAAAAGGUUUAUGGCUCCAAAGGCAACGUCGUUGCCAAUUCGAAAGGGGUGUUGUUGGACCUCGAAUUGUGUGAGGGGUUCGAAGCGGGUGUUGUGGACACCCCGUUCUACAGAGAACUCGUUCUCGUGGGUGGUUUUGUUUUGGCGCGUGAGUUUUUCGACAAGCUGGAGGACAAGAACAUCGUUCUCGACGUCCCCUGCGACGUCGGCCCGUCCCUGGAGCUCUCGUUGCCGUUCAGGCCGUACAGCGGUUGCGAGUCAAGCGGGGCGGCGGCGGAGGGCGGUGAUCUGGGUUCUGGUCCGGCUACUCAGCUGCACCGCGGCGAGAGCCGGGGACAGUUCGACGACAGCGAGGAGAAGGGGCCUGCAGCGCCGUUCAGGGACGGGCUGCGGUCGGUGUUGUCUAUUCUAGGGGUCGACAUUGGAGAUCCGGUUCGACGGGAGAGCGUGGAACCUACAGGAAAGGUGGCAGCCUUUUCCGAGGUCGACUUGGCGGCGAGCGAGGGCCAGAGUGUGGAUGAGGUGACCGCGGGCGGCCUGGGCACGCAAGGCACUCGGCAAAAGAGGAGGGGGGAACGCACAGACGAGUUCGUCAGUUCUUCGAAGAAGCUGAAGAGCAAGGCCCCCAGGACUGCGGGAGAGAAACGAAAGGGGACUGAGGGGGAGGAGGGCCGGCAGGUUGCCAAACGAUCGGCUUCGAGACAGAAGCAGCUUCCGUCUGGAACGUCUUCUCCACCGACGGAAAGGCCUACAAUCGACGUCGACGCCGGGUACUUCCUCGAGUACAAAGACGGCGUUCGAACAAAGAGGGAGUUGGAGGUUAGCCCUGCGCAUGUCGUCGACCUCGGAGAGUGGGAGGACCUUGUGUACGGGGACAUGGAACGCAACCCCGCACAAUUCGUUAAUCUUCUCGAGUCUGUCACCAAGAAGGGGGAGGGUGUAUGCUUCCUCGGGAAGCCACACGCGCGAUCCGUGUGGGAACUGGUGAAGGCAGGAUGGCACGUCAUGGCAAUGGAAGGGAACUCCGAGCUCUUGCAAUUUACAAUUGAUCUCGUCAAGAGCGAGGUCAAUUCGGGUGCCCACAUUUGUGAGUUCAUGUUCGUCAACGAGUCUCGCCCUCGCGCGUGGAACAACAAGACGUACAUGUGGUUCAAGUUGAGUCUGAGGAAGCGGAACAAGAUAUACGACUUCUUGUUCCUGCAAACGCGGUCCAAGAGAGACACUGACGCCGAGUACGUGCGCCGCAAGGAUCACAUGUUCACGCUGCUCGACAACUACUACGACGCCUCCCGCAUGAAUGCAAAGACCUUCCUCGAGAGGUUGCAGUCCCUGUACUUCGUGGAGUCGGAGGAGUUGACGUUCGGCAGUUACUCCUCCUUCAUCUCCACGGAAGACGAGGAGACCACCGGCAUCGAGUUCGACGUGACCGCGAACGAGGAGGGCAGCGACACCGAAAGCCUCGACCUGCAGUACGACCCGCAUCCCGGGCAGCACACAACAGGGUCGUCCUUCGCAGGUCCGUCAACAAUCCCGACAUCCCUCGUGUCACCGAUGGCGAAAGCGGCGCCUGGCACGACCCCGAUGAAGUUGCUGCAGAGAAUGCAAGCUCUGUCCUCCGGCCAUCGCUCACUGCGUCUCGGGUCUGACAUCCCGGCCGAUCAUCUGUCUUGGAAGGAUGCCAACAUUCACUUUCUGCCUGAGCCUCAAAGUCGUUCCACGGAGGCGAACUGGGGCCAUGACUUGAUUUGGCAUCCAGGAGUCAUCCAGCCGGCGAUUCAAAAGGAUUGUGGGGAGAAUGAGGGCGACGAGGCUGGUGGCGGCAAAGGAGUCCCGCCUGGUUCGGAGGGCGGGUCUCACGGCGACACCACGACAGCGGAAGGCAGCGGCGGGGUGGUGGGCGAGGCCUUCGGGCGUCAGCAGUCUACCGGUCCCGGUCCGGCAAGCUGGGCACAGUCAGCGGACGCGCCCACUUCAUCCGUCGGCUCGGUGAUGGCGGCCUUGGUUGCUCUCCGUGUCGGCUCGGUCGAAACGUUCAAGUGCGUCGGGAUCCGAACUUCAAUGCUUGCCGAGCGGACGAAGAGGACGGACGCGCAGAGCUUGUCAGGAGCGGGGGUGGCGGGUCGUGAUCCCAAACUGGACAGCGGUGCGGUGAGGGACGGGACUGCGCCGCCUGCGGGGGACCGCCAACCGCUUCGGUCGGAGCGAGAGGGAAAGGGGGGGCAACGAGGGAUUGUCGUGCCGGCGGGAGGGGCUGCGUGUGGCGAGCGGGAAGGGCAUUCGUCGGAAUUCGACACGCGUUCGGGCCAAGUGGCUGGAUUGCAUGCACGGGAAGAAGGCAGGGUGAUGGACAAAGAGAAGGAAGGGGAGGAAGGAGACCAAGGGGAGGAAUUGGAGGAAGGAGGGGAUGAAGGGGAGGAAGAAGAGGAUGAAGGGGAGGAAGGAGAGGAAGGGGAAGAAACGGAGUUGGCUGCGUUGCUAGGAGGGAAUGACGGGGAAAAAGAUGAACUCGAUACUGGAAACGACGAACGGACGUUCGGCGAUGACGAUAACAGAUCUGGAGAGUCGUCUGACGGAUUCGGGCAGCUGUACGGAGAACAUCGUGAGGAAGACGACGACGACGAUGACACGACACGGGGUAUGGAGACACAGGUGGUCACAAGCCUUUCGGCAGAACGUGAUGACUAUGAGGUCGAAGCAAUGACAUCUGCCGUCGAUCUCCAACAACGGGUCAACAACGCUAGUGUUGCGGUCAGCCUGAAUAAACCAAGUGUGCGUAUUGACAUCAAAGAAGUUAUCAACGACAUCCUGGGCGACCACCACAUGUCCGCGCAGCCGUCCUCUAUGCCUGGUGUCGACGACCCUCUCGACGUCAAACCUUCCGGGGGAUCUCUCGUGGCUUUGUCACCGACGAACUCUCCGAUGCUGCCGCCAACCAUCGCCAGCGGAGGAGAAGGCGAGAUCGGGGGACGACAAGAUGUCACAUCCCUGAAAAAAACUAUCGCCGGCACUCGAGCUCUCGAUGUGUUGGCCUUGCCCGUGCCAACUUCGCCGAUUAAGGAGCGGAGAGACAAACCAGUUGGUAAGCAGUGACAAACGCCACUCUGUCUAUGCGCUAGUGACCGCA